UCUCUAUUACGUCGCUACCAGGGGUCUUAUGCAUUGGCCCAGGACGAUCCCUAGUCCUAUAUUACUACAUUCUGUUCUCCAUAUAACACGCUCACAUGCCUCCUUCAACAUAUCCGCAUCGUUGGAUCAGUCACUCGCUUAACACAUUCGUUUGAUAAAACAUUUCAAGAACUACAACAAUGUCUAGUCCAUCUUCACCACUCCAUGAGCUAUCGUCAGAAAGGAACACCAGUACCAGUGCCAACAGUACCAGUGCUAAGGAUCGUAAGAGGAGGAGAAUCUACAGGGCUUGCGAUUACUGUCGUUUACGAAAAUCACGAUGUGAUGGCAAAAUGCCUUGUACUGGUUGCAAGGCCAUUGAUCAUGAAUGUUCGUACAGUGAUUCUUUGAGGAGUCGGCGUGGAGGUCCACGCUACAUUGAAGAACUGGAAGGAAAGAUCCGCAGUUUGGAACAUGCCCUGCAGACUGUCAAUGCCGAGGAACGUAUCGAGAAUGCACAUGUCAGAGCGCUUCUGGUCGAGCAGUUGAAGGAUGCCGGUGGUCCUUGGAAUUCAAAGUCCUCGGAAUAUCUCAGCAGAUCUUCGGAGAAUAGUCCCACGAAAGUUGUCGAUGAGCUACCCGAGGAGGGCGAAGAGCUGCUCGAGACCAUGAUCGAGGCUACUGGUAUUCUCAAUAUUGACAUCGUUGCUACUGAGUCUGAGUAUCGCGCCCAGAUGCUUCCAGCUGCAUACACGGGCAGUCGGCCGGAGUCGUUCGUUCGUUCUUCGCCUUUACCUCCAGACUCGCCACACUUCAGCCACCCUCAACUUGGAAUUUCUCCGAAUUUCUCGAGUGGUAGCUACGUAACAUCGCUACCUCCAAAGAAGACUGCAAUGUUUUUCAUAGAUGUGGCACUGAAUCACCCAUGCUGCUUGAUGAACUUUGUCCAUCGCCCAACACUCAAUGAGCUUCUUGAGGAAGUGUACGAAGACAGUGACAUGCCUAUGGGGUCUCAGACCGCUACUGCUCUCAUUUAUGGUUUCUCUGCCAUUGGAGCUCUUUUCUCGGGUAGUCACUUUGGUGCAGACUCCGAAGAAUGCACACCACCGGGAUAUCAAUACUUCCAGACCUGUCAAACAAUGAUCGAUCCACUCGCUUGUAACGACAUUGUUACCAUGCAAGCUUUGAUAUGUGCAAUCCUGUAUAUGCAAGGCACGGGCAUGGUGACGCGAUCGUAUUCGACGAUCUGCGCUGCUACUUCCGCUGCUGUCCGUAUGGGCCUGCAUCGCGCUUCACCGCCUAGCAGUCUUGAUGCAAUUCAACUUGAGCUCCGAAAGCGUGUCUUUUGGGUCUUGAGAACCAUGGACACUUAUGUCACUUCCAUGCUUGGCUUUCCUCGGACGCUCGGAGAAGAAAAUGUGGAUCAAGAGAUGCCAAUCGCUCUAGAAGAUCAUUUUAUCACAACUUCCGGCAUCAUCGCAGAGGGGCAAUCAAGCAGUAUACAGUCAAACAUGGGCCCAGUCAACGCCCAUACUCGGCUGAUCAAGAUCAUGGCGCAAACCCUUCGCCAGAUCUAUCCGUCGAAGCGACCAUCUAGCUCUGUAAACUUUGCAUAUGGUGUCUCUCCAACGAGCGUGUCUCAGAUUGAAUCUGAGCUUGAGCAAUGGUUUGAAGAUUUGUCCCGAUCCGACAACACUUCUGUUCCGUCAAGCUCUUUCGAGAUACGAACUCAGCUCCUCCUUCGCAUGGCGUAUGGUCACGUUCAGAUGGUCCUCUAUCGCCCCUUUCUGCACCACAUCUUGAAGCCACGGUCUGAGGGUAACAUCCAACUCCGAUCCUAUGCGUGUGCUUCUGCAUGUAUCAAAGCUGCAAUGCAAAUUGUUUGGUUGGCUGAAGAGUUGGAUUCACGAGGGCUGAUCCACGAGGCGUACUGGUUCACUUCUUACAUCACGUCGUUUGCUGUGACCACGCUCUACCUAUUCAUCACCACGGCACGCGAUGAUCCAACAAGAGAGGAGACACGACACACUGCAGAACGCGGUCGUGCCAUUGUCUACAAACUGGCCAAGAGCAACCCUAUGGCGGAUUGGUGCCUUUCAUCUCUCAACGCGAGUCCUUUUCUCCAGGACCAGGAAUUCUACUUCAAUCCUCCUAGUUGACUAGCCGGGGAGAGUCUGAAGUCACAGCAAGCAGCUGAUGUAGGUCCAUCGCACGGUGCUACAAGUAGCUCGAGCUCGAGCACC